AUGGUGUACGACAGUGCGGUUGCAUCUACUGCUGCUGUGUGUGCAAUCGGAACAUCAGUCUGUAUUUUUUAUAUAGCGGCGCUUGUAAAUGACAUUAACUGCUUUGUCGAUCAUGCGAAGGAAGACUUGGCCGCGUCCAAGGAAAAAUACGAGGACGCUUGGCGUGGAUUCGUAUCAUCAACAGACUCACUCGUGAAUACAUCUAAAAAAUCAGUUUUCGGAAGAACGAAAAGACAGUAUCACACUGGAGGUGAUAGGAAGUGUAACUGUGCCCCAGUACCUUCAAAAUGUCCGCCAGGUCCUCCAGGUCCGCCUGGUAAUUCAGGAGAACACGGAUCUGAUGGUGAACCGGGUCCUAACGGUAAUCCAGGAACAUCUGGAAUGGCACGAAUGGCUGAUAUUUAUCCCAUUUUGAAACAGUGCAUAAAAUGUCCUGCUGGUCCUGCUGGCCCACCAGGUCCGCCUGGACUAGCGGGCGCUCCUGGUGACAUUGGAAAGCCAGGCAGGGAUGGACUCGUUGGAGCUGCAGGCUCUCCAGGUCCACCAGGGCCACCUGGAGAUGCAGGAGUUGAUGGAAAACCCGGACCAGAUGGAGCACCGGGAGGCCCUGGGACUAUCGCGCAGAACCAUUUACCAGGAAUACGGGGCGCUCCAGGGCCACCUGGCUUUCCGGGGCCACCUGGUAAUGCAGGAGCUCCAGGAAGCAAUUCGGAACCUGGAAGUCCCGGAGCAGCUGGUCCACCCGGUCCUCCUGGAAAACCUGGAUCAGUGGGAAUGCCUGGCAGCCCUGGCGCUGCUGGAGCUGAUGGUACACCAGGUGUAGAUGCUGCUUAUUGUCCUUGUCCUCCUCGCAUAACAGGCGGAGCAGCACCAUCGAUUGCUCCCCCCUCAUACACAGAAAACUUUUAUUCCUCAGGGAAAGUAAUGCUGUGUUAUUAUAAUUUGUUACAGAAACUUUUUAUACCGAUGUUUCACAAUUUUUGUUGA